GCCUUCCUGCAGCCUCUUCCGCUCGCCGGCUGCGGCGCCUGGGACGGUUGCGGUGGGUCUGGGCGCUGGGAAGUCGUCCAAGAUGAUUAAAAAAUUCGACAAGAAGGACGAGGAGUCUGGUAGUGGCUCCAAUCCUUUUCAGCAUCUGGAGAAGAGUGCUGUCUUACAGGAGGCUCGUAUAUUCAAUGAAACGCCCAUCAAUCCAAGAAGAUGUUUGCAUAUUCUUACAAAGAUUCUUUACUUACUGAACCAGGGUGAACACUUUGGAACUAUGGAAGCUACAGAAGCCUUCUUUGCAAUGACUCGAUUGUUUCAAUCAAAUGAUGACACAGCAAGAAGGUGCCAUCUUAUUCUGCAAGGAUUAGCUAAUAUAAUUAAGAAUAUAAUAUUAGAAAUGAGUCUGACUAAGGACAUGACUGGAAAGGAAGAUGUAUACCGAGGCCCGGCCAUCAGGGCUCUCUGCAGAAUCACCGAUGGAACAAUGUUGCAAGCCAUUGAAAGAUACAUGAAGCAGGCCAUUGUGGAUAAAGUCUCCAGUGUAUCCAGUUCAGCUCUGGUAUCUUCCUUACACAUGAUGAAGAUAAGCUAUGAUGUGGUUAAGCGCUGGAUCAAUGAAGCCCAAGAAGCUGCAUCAAGUGAUAAUAUUAUGGUCCAGUACCAUGCAUUGGGAGUCCUGUAUCACCUUAGAAAGAAUGAUCGGCUUGCUGUUUCCAAGAUGUUGAAUAAGUUUACUAAAUCUGGUCUCAAAUCACAAUUUGCAUACUGCAUGCUGAUCCGAAUUGCUAGUCGCUUACUAAAAGAAACUGAAGAUGG